AUGAACCAGAUCAAUGGGAUAGGUCCUAUGACCUAUGAGGAAUUUGAGAUGAAUGGACUCACAAACGAAGAGGUGACCUAUGAUGAAGAGGCGGCCUAUGAUGAAGAGGUAACCUAUGAUGAAGAGGUGAUUCAUGACGAAGAGGUGACUCAUGACAAAGAGGUGACCUAUAAAAGGAUAGCUUCUAUUUUUCAGGAAGGAAAUCUUGUCCUACGAGAGGAUCAACUGGGCAAGCUGUGGCUUCUCAAAUUGGUCCAGGUUACCGAGAGCCGCGAUUGGAUUCGUAACGAUGAAUACGCACACAAAACAAAUUUCGAAACCUGGUGCCUUAAUUGGGAUGCAGUUGAAGGUCAUCUCUCUAAGACAUUCAUGACGUUUACCUGUGCCAAAUUCCCUGGUCAGCGGUCCAUUAAGUCGCUCCCAGUUUACCCGAUUGGCUUCCAAGACCAAAUAGAAGGACAAAAUAGCAAGAAGUAUCUUGCAGAGAGGGGCAAGAAGUGGUGGGAGUUCAUCAAGAAAUCGCCAACCUGCCUACAACACUCUGGACUUGCAUUCGGUCAAGACCGUGGAAGCUUUGACGGUGAAAAAGUUCGGGUGGAAGGCAGGGUGGUAAUUGACAAUAAAUCGAAAGCUUCAGAAGGAAUCGAAGUUAUUCUAAGACCUAACAACUUUCGCGGGCACAAUAGCACCGAGCCCGCAGUAUCAUAUAAACCAGACGAGCUGCAUCAAUAUCCAGAAUUAAAUGAUGAGGAGCUAAGCCUUUGCCCAGCCGUUAUAGGUUGCUAUGACUUGAAAACCAAGAACAAAUAUCUUGCCAGUAUCAGUAAUCUACAGGCAGUCGAUUGGAACAAGGAUGUGAUGAAACAUCUCGUCAUGGACAAAAGAAAAAAACUCAUGCUAGAGGGUCUUGUUCGUCAUCACUCCGACCGGGACCUUCGCCAUGAUACAGGAGAUCUUAUUGCAGGCAAAGGGCAAGGCCUUGUUAUUCUCCUUCAUGGGCCACCAGGUGUUGGCAAGACAUUGACCGCCGAGUCAAUUGCCGAGGCUGUACAAAAGCCUCUCGUUGCAAUGAGCAUUGGAGAAAUGGUAUGGGACGAGACGCAGCUCCAAGAACGACUAAAAUCCGAGUUCCAACGAGCCAUAGACUGGAAUGCGGUUCUCCUCUUGGAUGAAGCCGAUGUGGUGCUCGAAGCUCGAUCAUUUGAAGAUGUGCGAAGAAACGGCAUUGUUUCUAUCUUUCUCAGAGAGCUGGAGUAUUACCAAGGAAUCUUGUUUCUGACUACGAACAGAGUUAACACUAUGGACACCGCGUUUCAUUCUCGCAUUCAAAUUGGCAUCAGCUUCAACAGCAUGUCGUCCGAAACUCGGGCACAAGUCUGGACUCAACUACUUGCACUGAACGGUAGAGACAAACUUAUUGGGCCGGAAGGACUCCAGAGGGUCCAGGACGAGUUAAGUAAACGCAAAUUGAAUGGCCGACAAAUUAGAAAUGUUUUGAAUGUUGCAGAGGGCCUUGCAUUCCAAGAACCAGGUGCAAAAAAGGACAAACUAACUUAUGCACACAUUGAGGAAGCCGUGGGAGCAGCGUUGGAAUUCCAGAAGCUGUUGGAAGCAUCGAAGUCAAUGAUGAAACUGGAGCAAACAGUGUGGGCGUCGGUCACGAGUGGCGACGACGAUGCUGGAUUUUAG